ACGUCAUGGGUCGGGCCCCCCCGGUUUCACCUCUGACCCCUUCCCACCCCCGCUUCGCGGAGCCGCUGGUUACGUGUCGGUGCCGGAGUAAAGAUGGCCGACAGGAAAAACAGCGUCAACUUGCUUUUCUCCUCCGACACCGAGUUCAGUUUCCCGGUGCCUUUCAUCCCUGUCAGCCAGGCCCAGGCGGCGGACAGCAGCCUUCUCUCAGCCGAUGAAUCCACAGAUGUUGGUGAGGAGGAUAGUUUUGUGGGUCAGACCUCUGCUUCCACAAGUCAUCCAUCAACUUUCACCUAUUUCACCCAGGCUGCAAACAACAAUGAUCCUUUUGCAAAUAUUGGACAUCUUCCUUUCACAACAACAGCAGCACCACCUGUAGGGACAGCUUCAUUACCAGUGGCUCCAACUGAUGUACCCCUUACUUCUGCAGGACAUUCUGUGCAGGAUCCCUUCACAUUUCAGAGUCCGCAGCCUCAGCCUGGCUCCAUGAUGCCCCCUGUGUCUCAGUAUAUUAGCACAACGUAUCAGAAUACUCAGCAUGCCAUUUCCUCAUCAACUGUUUUUCCACCUGUGUCCCCUCCUCAGACUCAGCAUCAUUAUAAUCCUUAUCGCCAAAGUUCACAGACUAACCGGGCCAGUCCGUACUUUACACCACCUCAACUUCAGCAAAGCCAAAACCAAGGUCACCAGCAGAUGCCUUCCUUUCAGUCUACUCCCCCAGUCAAUCAUCUGUACCAGACACCACCAACAUCUACACCACAGGCCAGUGUAGGGCAGGGAGUGUUACUCCCACCUGCUCCUAAAUCUAUAGCCACCGCAGUCCAACCUUUACUGAAUUUGCCAUGUAACAUCUAUGAGCCUGUGCGACCCCAUUGGUUCUACUGCAAACUGGUGGAAGGUAAACCAAUCUGGAUGCCAUUCAGUUUCCUGGACACAGCAAAGCUGGAAGAAGUUUACAACUCUAUACAACCAGACCCUGAAAAUGUGAUUGUAUCCACUGAUGGAGGUCGCUAUGACAUUCAGUUAUAUGACCGCACCCGACAUGCUGUGUACUGGGAAGAGGAACCAUCUGAAGUGAGGCGAUGCACGUGGUUUUAUAAAGGGGACAUGGACAGCAGGUUUAUUCCUUACUCUGAGGAAUUUAGUGAAAAAUUGGAGGGGGAAUAUAAAAAAACUGUAACUACCAACCAGUGGCAUAAAAGACUGGAGUUCUCUAGUGGGGAAACCAUUGUCAUGCAUAAUCCAAAGGUCAUAGUUCAGUUCCAGGCUUCCUCUCAACCAGAUGAAUGGGGAACUACACCAGAUGGGCAGACUCGGCCAAGAGUGGUCAAACGUGGGAUUGAUGAUGACCAUGAUGAGAUUCCUGAAGGUGAGCUGCCAGACGUUAAUCAUCUCGUGUUCAUGGCACAUGGAAUUGGGCCUGUAUGUGACCUACGUUUCAGAAGCAUUGCUGAAUGUGUUGAUGACUUCAGAAAUGUUUCUUUGAAACUAUUACGCACGCACUUUAAAAAAGCAGUAGAUGAGAAAAAAAUCACACGAAUCGAAUUCCUUCCUGUUCACUGGCACAGUGCUCUUCAUGGAGAUGCUACUGGAGUAGACAGGCAUAUGAAGAAAAUCACAUUACCAAGUAUAGGUCGUUUGCGUCACUUUACCAAUGAGACAUUAUUGGAUAUAUUCUUCUACAACAGCCCUGCCUACUGUCAGACUAUUGUGGAUAAAGCGGCUGCAGAAAUCAAUCGACUAUAUGCUCUCUUCUUAAGUCGAAAUCCUAAUUUCAAAGGAGGAAUCUCCCUUGCAGGACACAGUCUUGGUUCUCUGAUCUUGUUUGAUUUGUUGGCCAAUCAGACAGGCUCCUUUUCUGCUGGUGAUCCUACUCUAUUGGCAUCAAAUGGGACUCUGAAAGACCCUAUAAUCCCGGAAGAGGCUCAGGAGAACCAGGAUAGCCAGGAUCCUGAGGUUUCUGAUGAACUGAAAGAUGAAACAGAGGAGGAUGUCCUGACACUACCAGAAGCAUUGGAAUCAGUUGGUCUUUCUGAGUACCUCAGCACAUUAGAAAAAGAAGAAAUAGACAUGGAGUCAUUGCUCAUGUGUACUGUUGAUGACUUAAAGGAAAUGGGGAUCCCUCUUGGACCAAGAAAGAAAAUCGCCAAUUUUGUAAAAGAGAGAGUAAAUGCACAGACAAAGAAGAAAGCUGCAAAAGAGAGGAAGACAGUUUUGGAAGCUCUGAAGAAAGCUCAGCAAGAAGAAAUGCAAAAAUCUAAGGAUGGAAUUGAUCAAAUGAACUCAUUAACAGCAGAAAAACAGCUGGGUUUGAAGAAGAUGCUGUCGUACACUGGGACUACUAUUUCAUCUGUCACUGUACAUUACGACCAUUUUGAAGCAGGUGCUGGCCAGGUGUCUGUGGUUUAUCCAGCACUAGACUUCAAACCAGAUAACUUCUUUGCCUUGGGUUCUCCUAUUGGUAUGUUUCUCACGAUGCGUGGGCUGGAGAAGAUUGAUGAAAGCUACCAAUUACCAACCUGCAAGAGAUUUUUCAAUAUUUAUCAUCCAUUGGAUCCUGUGGCAUAUAGAAUGGAGCCUAUGAUUCUCCCUGACUUGAGUAUUAAACCAGUUCUUGUUCCACAUCAUAAAGGUAGAAAGAGACUUCAUCUUGAGUUGAAGGAAAGUCUGUCUCGCAUGGGCUCAGAUUUGAAACAAGGCUUCAUUAGUUCUCUGAAGAAUGCCUGGCAGACACUGAAUGAAUUUGCACGUGCUCACACCUCUUCAACCCAGCUGCAAGCUGAGCUAGAGAAAGUGGCUAACCAAAUUAAAGAGGAGGAAGAAAAGCAUGUGGAGGAAGAACAAAAGUUGGUGGAAAGUCCAGAAUCACCUAAGGAUGAGGAUUCAGCAGUGAAGAUUGGAAUGCUGAAUGGCGGACAUCGCAUUGAUUAUGUUCUACAGGAAAAACCAAUUGAGAGCUUCAACGAAUAUUUGUUUGCUCUUCAGAGUCACUUAUGUUACUGGGAAUCAGAAGACACUGCGUUGCUCUUUCUUAAAGAGGUUUACAAAUCAAUGGACAUCAGUCCUGAACAGCCACAGCAUUGAUGGCCGCAGAGUGUGCUGUAUUUACCUCAGCAACAUUGAUCAUCUGAUACAUCAUCAGCUCUGUUGAAACAACAAAUUUAGACCUGUGAAUGAGACCAGUAGUUGUAUCUGAUCUUCCUCCUGGGAUGACAGUAUUUAUACAGUCUGCAAUUAUUCGACAAUACAAGCAACUGACUCUAAAGGAAAAAAAAUCUUGCUUUGAAAAACUGUAACUCUGUUUGAUUGUCACUAGUUCAGAAGUAUCUUGUGUUAAAUUAAUGAAGCAGUGAAACUGAUCCUUUGAGAAAGCUUCUGUUCUGAUUUAUUUGCUAACUAAACUAUUCAUUAGUCUCCUAAGAUCACUUAAAUAUUGUUUUCAGGGUACUUGCUUGCCUGGUUGAGCUGAUGAAAUAUGAAUUAUUCUCUCCUGAUCUGUUAACUCAUUCCAUUCAUAGAAUUAAUUUCCUUAAUCUGCAGUGGCUUGCUUCAGACAAGUGAAUAAUUAGGGUUUACACGGUUGUACCAUGAAUGAGGCCAACCAUGCUCCUGCCAAAUGUUAUGCAUUUUUAAAUAUAUAUUUCAUUUAUUAACUUGCAAAAUAUUAGUUUUUAUUAAUUGUUUACUGGCUCAUGUACUCAGUAAAUAUUCUGACGUCAACAAUGAUUGCACACUGUGAAUUCAAGAGGCAUCCUUUGAAUGUACGGCACUCCUCAGCUGCAAAAAUUAACACUUUAGUUACAAAAUUAAUUUACAACUUGUCUAACUAUAAUGUUUGUUGGAGCUCUAUACCCUUCCAAGAGACCAUCUGUUCUUUUUUUUUUAAGAUCCACCACAGUGUAAUGACAGUAAGAUUUUUUGGAAUGCAGUACACCAAUGUAUCAAACUGAUUUGUGCAGUUUCAACACACCAUUGAAAACUUUCAGGUGGACUUUAUUGACUUUCAAUUUUCCAUAAAAUCCAAGUAAUAGCUGCUUCAAGCCAUGGUGUUGAUGCUGCCAUAUAUGAGAUGUUUUUGGGUUUUAUAAGCUUUGACGGUGUUCUCUGUUAAGGUAUUGGAUUUUUCCAAUGGUAUCAAAUGCAGAGAGUUGUAAUGAAAUAAAGAACUUGCAUUGUGAUCAAUGCUUUGAAAAUCACUGAUGGAAUUUUGUCAUUGGACCUAAUUAGACAGAAUAUACUGCUCGUUAGUUAUGUAGUUAAGCUUACUGGUCAUUUUGUUUUACAGUAUGGAUAAUAUAACUAAUCAACUGGGAAAUUUAAUAUCAGGGCUAUGAAGAGACCUUUAAGUCACCCUUGUCUUCUCUUUUACCAAGCUUUGACUAGCCUCCUUUUCCCCUCUUGCUAUGCCAGUCACUUGCCGGAUGUGAAACAAAACCCUUGGCAGUGUUAUAUCCAGAUGAUUUCAAAAUGUUGAAUGCAGAUUUUGUUUGCUAAACUCUUGAGAGAUGCAGGUAAAUAUUUCUUCAGACAAUCAAUCAGUGUAUUUGGUGCUAAAUGUGUUCUGUUGAGUAAAGCUUUACCUUAUGUUGAUACAUUUCAAGUUAGUAUAGAACAUGAAAGAUCCUGGGGAAGAAAGUAUGGCUCGAAACAUGCAAACACCAGCCCCUUACUUUGGUAGCACACUGCUUCUAAAUUUCCCUGCACAUGUCAGUCCCUUCUCUCUCCAGGAGUCAAACAUGAGACAGCUAUCUGGACAUUGUUGUUGUUAGGUUUUGUGUAUGUAUAUAGGAUUAUGUUGCACUUACCACAUCCUGCAAGUUGAAGGUCACAUAAACUUGGCAUGCAACUGGCAUAAACUGGUAUCGUUUUUAUUUUACUUUGUCAAUACUGCAUCAUUUAUUAAGGAAGAGAAAGGGAAACAAGUAAAGCUGUAAAACUUUGUAUUCAGGAUAUUUGACCAUAUUGUGUCUCAGAUUAUCCUGUACUGUUUUGCCAUUCGAAGUGAUUGUGCCAAGUAAUGAGAAAAUAAGAACUGCAUGAUUUCUGCUGGAAAUGUUAUUUAAACCUUUGUUUGUGAUGACCCUGGUGUAUUUGUUAUAGAGAACAAAACCUCAUUUGAAAAAAUGAAGACAGCCUUGCUGAAAAUGUAGCAAUUUGCCUAAAUAAUGAGAUUCUUAUACAACAGGAAGCAUAUUUUUAGUUUUGGCCAAAUUGUAAAUAACUCCAAUUGAUGAUUUUCUUGUCUCAGGUGAGCAUUGAGUAAAUUUAAAUGUACACCAUCUGUCAGCAUUGUAGGAACAAAUUAUUUUCUUAGCAUUCACCAUUGAACUGAUUCAUAAUUCCUACUUCAAUGCCAAGAAUCCUGUUACAGUCUCCAACCUGCAAGGAUAAAUGACAGCUGCAAAUAUAAAUGACAGCGAUCACCAUUUGUGGAACUUGGAUAAUCUUUUGACUGGAUUCAUAAUGAUAGAACAGCUCUCAAUUUAGAAUGUGACAUAUCAAAGCUUAGGAGAAUUCCUCUGUGAAUUUCUUUUGCCUGUUUGGUAUUCAGGUCCUGUGUUUUGCUUAUUGAGCUAUUAAGACCGUGCUCUCUGGAGGUAGAGCAACUUGAAGUGUUUUACUGGACUUCUGCAAGAAUAUUCCAUAUUAAGGUGGCAAUCAGUUCUUUGCUCAGAGUUUUGGAAAACAAACUGGUAAAAAAAAAUAAAUAAGAAUUCUCCUAUACAGCAGCUCUACUUUCUCAUUACAUUGUGCUUCUAUAUUUUCACUGCCUAAGGGUAUUCACUGCAAAGUUGCUAUCAGAAUUCAAAGCUUAACCCACUCUACUUUUCUCUUUUUGAUUUUUACUCUUCAUUCUAGUAAGACAGCACUAAAGAAUCAAAUCAAUAACCACAGAUUUACAGAGAUUUCACAGGAGAACCUUACCCCUCUUUCCCUAAAAGUAGACUAUUUGAUUGUACCAUUGAAUUAAUUGUGACUUAAUCGCUGGACCUGGUACAUGGGUUCCUCUGUUUGUAUUCAUAUCUUUUUUUCAAAAGAAGCUCCAAGCCCAUUUCUCAAGUUUGUCUUGUCUACCUUUUCUCUCACAAAACCUUUACUACUAAAUGCCAACUGAUUGGCUUUAUUCAGACUUUUAAGAAAAAUCAUAAGUUUCAAGCUUGUCACGACAAGCAACUUUUUUAUUUGUGAUUGUCAAGAAAUGAAAGUUAUCUGAUUACUUCAAGCUAAUUUCAAAGAUGCAGUGUUCUUGGCAACAUUAUGUAGUACAAGAUAAUUAAUGAAAAGGAAGUGAAUUUACUUGCUGUGACUUUGCUUAGGCCAAGACAUUGUAUGCCCUGUCUAACCCAGACAUCCCCUUUACUUAAAAUAAAAAAAGAAUGGUCAACUUUGAGAAGGCCUGAGCAUGAGAUUGAAGUAUAAAUAAACAUGGGAAAGGAAGUGUGUGCCGAUCUUGACAACUUUCAAAGAUUAUAAGUGCAGAUACUGCUGAAACAACGUUGAAACUGCAGUAACGUCUGUUAACCAGCCUCUGAUGUAAUUUAUUGCAAUUGUAAAAUAAAUAUAGAUUCUUUGCUGUC